AUGGUACCGCAAGGGCCGCUGAAGCGCCUAUCCACGCGGCGAUUGGUGGCAUUGGCGGUGGAGCGGGCGGGGGAGGUGACGUCGCGGGAGGCACAGGAGGUUCUAGAAGCGGCGCUUUUGCGCCUAGCCCGCGCGGAAUACGAUUGGCUCGUGGCGACUAUUCAGACGGUCUCCGCAUCUGUAGCCGCUACAGCCGCCGCCGCAGCUGUAGCGGCCGCGGAGGCGCGACGGCGCGCGCGGAGGAAGGCGCGGGGGGAAGGGGAAGUGGAGAAUGCUACCGGGGGGUUUGAUUUCGCGGGGUUGAGUGCGCUGGCUUUCGGGGUAACAGGCGCGUCCGAGCAAACCCUAGCACACGUGGGCCCGUUGCCUCCGGUAGGGUUGGAUCCGUUACAAGUAGAAGAAGUGUUUGUACUGGGGCUGGCUAUGUGGGUGGAGUUUUGGAAGGAGUGGGGGAAGCCGCCUGUGCAGCACGGGGCAGGCGGAGCCGAAAUGGUUGGCACUGGCGGGGGAGUGGGCGGAGGCGGAAGGGGCAGCGGCGGCGGAAGCGGGCUCGAGGGCCAUGGCGGGCUGGGGCUGGAGUCCCCCGUCGGGGGAGGGGGAGCAGGCGGGGGGAACGUGGGAAUCUGGAGUCCGGUCAAGGAGGAAAGUUUUGUUCCAGGAUUCGGGAAUCAUGAUGCGGCGGGGGGGAUCAGCGGAGGGGGCAAUGGGGGCUUCCGUAACGCAACGUUUGGUGGGGGUGACAGCGGGAUAGGCGGCGGAAGAGGCGGGGACGGGGGCUUUAGGAGCACAAGUCACGUGGAGAACACGGGAAGCUGCGCGGAAAGAAGAGGGUUGAGUCGCUCGGGAAGCAGGGCGAUGAGCAAGAGCCGGUCUUUAAGAGAGGCUAGGUCGAUGAAGGAACGCGGGCGCUCGUUUAGAGAACGCUCAUUAAAGGAAGGGUCGUUGAAAGAUGGAGGGAGGUCGUUUAGGGAAGGAGGGGGUGGGGGAGGGGUGAUAGGGGAUGGGGGGGCUGGGCGGGGAGGGAAGCACCUAUUGUCGUCGCUUGAUUCGAUAGGGCAAAGCGAUACUGUAGAUGUGGGGAACUUUUUCUCUGUUGAUUUGAGUGAUGGUGAUAGUAACGGGGGAGGAGCGGACGGGGGAGGUGGGAAGGAUGGAGGGAGUGAUUGGAGUGGGGAAGGGGAGAGGGGGAGGGGGGGAGGGAUGGGGCUGUGGGGUGGGGUGGAGGCGAUACAAGAGGAAGAGGAAUUUGGGGAUCUUGAUUUAGGGGAGGAGGAGAAGAUAUUAGGAUUUUCCUCAGGUGUAAAUGACAGCAUUGUGAACAGUGUCGACGUUGAGACUGAAACGGAUGAAGGAAGCCGACCAAAGCGAGAGCGUAUGGUGACGAUUGUUGAACCUUUAGAGAUUGAUGACCCUGCAGGUGCAGAAGAUAAGGAUGUGACAAUGAUGAAUGGGUAUCACUAUAACGAGGAUUACCAUACCGAGGGCUCAGGUCUGGGUGGUGCUUCGGUGGUAGGCUCGGCGUUCGAAGCUACGUUACGGGCCGAGGCGGGGCGGCAGCUACAAGACAAACUGCUGGAAGAGAUUCUAGAAGCUUCCAGUGGGCGGCAGAUUACUGUAGCAACCCCUGGGCCUAUGACUGCGGCAGCACGAGCAAGGGGCGUUGCAGCGGGGGGCAGAGGAGGAGAAGCAGGGGGAGGGAUGAUAGGGAGUGCGGAGGCAUCUCAAGGGGUGGGGUCCGGUGCGAUUGGCCAGGAGGAAGCGAGGCUGGGAGGUUUGGCAAAGGAUGGUCGGGAGUUUCGCAAGAGCCGAAGCAACAUCGGGAGGCUCGGAAGCAGUAGGUUUUGUGCCGAAGCUGCUGUGUUGAGCAGCACCGGUGGUGGGUAUGGGAUCCGCACAGGGAGUGGCAAUGGUUACACUAGUGCUGCUGCAGCGGGAGCAGAUGGGGCGAGCAGCAGCAGUAGCAGCAGUGCCAGCAGUAGCAGCAGUAGUACUGACGCUAGUGGGUUAUGGGGAGGGCCUGGGAGUAGUAUCAGCACAGUGAGUACUAUAAGUACUGUUAGCACUUUCAGUGUGGGAGUUGGUGUUAGAGAGUCGGAUAUGAUUACAAAUAUGAUGGGUAGAAUGGGGAUAUCCUCUGAAAGUGGUGCUGCCCUGGGGCUUGGUUCGGCCGGACCUGCCAGCUUGGCUCCUGGCUUGGUAGCGGGAAUCAUGGUUGCAGGGCCGGGAGGCUCGGUGAUGGCAGAGGAGCCAGUUCCGAACCCAGCGCCGCUCCACGUGGAUGUGGUUCGGUUGUUAGGCUUGGCAGCAGCUGCGGCGGGCCACCAGCCUGCCACCGCAGCUGUCUGUGUGCUCCGGCUGCUGGACAGGCUCGGGAAGCAGGACUGGGAGGCUCGGUACGGCAAGAAGCUGGAGGCUCGGCACGGCAGGCCCGGCGGCCGAGCCGAGCACGGAGGCUUGGAUUCAGACGAAGAGGAGGAGGAUUCGGAGGAUGAGGAUGAAGAGUCGCUUAGUCCUGGGAGUAUGGCCAGUGGGUGGACCAACGGAACAGGGCCUGGGAGCAGAACGCCUGGGGGGUUUGGCCCCGGGGGGAGCAGAACAGGGGGAAGCCGAACCGGCGGGGGGAGUAGAGCUGGGGGGAGCAGGGGGGGGGGGAGGAGCGGGUGUGGGGACGGGGUGGGGUCGACGACCACGGGAGGGGCAGUGGCGGAAUGGGAGAACGCGAGUGAGGCGCAGGAGUGUCGAGAGUUUGUGCUGCAGUGCCUACUAGACAUGGUUGAUGCGGUUGCUCUCAAGUGCCAGAUUAGGAAACGGCCGGGCGCGAGCUACGCGGCUGGUUAUGGUGGGUAUGGGGGGAAUGCGGGGUAUGCGGGAUAUGGGGGGUAUGGGGAUGCUGUGGCUGCGCCUACCCCAACGGGGCAAGUGUCGUUUAUCAAGUCGUUUGGGGGCGAUGAGGAGUUUGCUGCUCUUCUUGCUGGCUCUGCUGGUGGCAGUGCUAUGGGUUUCUCUGGGUCCACUGGUGCGGGAAUGAUAGGUUAUUCCCCUCGAGGAGCCAUGGGUUAUUCCCCUACCAGCAACAGGCGGUCGCAGUGGGGAAUGGGGGGCGACGUGCAGGGGGGGAUAGGAGAGGGCCGGACGGGGAGCGCGGUGAGUGGCGGUGGAGAGUGGUUGGGUGAGGUGGGAGGGGGGCUGGAGGAAGCUGCUUGGCAGGUAGCACUGCUUGGGGAGGAUCCGAAUCAGGGGAAUGUUCAGGGGAAUAAUCAUCAUGGCAUGGGGGGAGAUUCUAUGGUUCCUAGCAGCCCGUCCGGGCAGAAAAAAAAGCAUCGCAGGCAGAGAAGUUUCGUGAGCGCCUGCCCGAUUCCCGUCGUGCCUCCGCCGUCCAAAGCCCGGUUCGACGCUGCUGCCGCUGCAUCAGCUGCUGCUGCUGGUGGAGGGGACGGGUUUGGCCCUGCCCCAUUGGUCGAGCUUGCUGAGCUGGCAGUUCUCCGCUCCAUCCUCCAAUCAUCAUCCAGCAUUAUGGGUGCAUUCGGUGCACACAUGCCUGCUGCUGCUGUUACCACCACCAGCUCCAGCCGAACACCCAGUAUGGAUUUCGACAGUGACCUUCAGUAUAGUCACCCCCUCUUAGUGCCCCUCCCGCAAUCUGCCAGCCCGCCUAAGCUUCGGCAAUUAGACGGCGUGUUGGUGUCUUCCUCGGCUGGAGGUCCGGGGCUGUUGGUUCUCCUCAUAGCUACCGAGGCGGCUCGGUUGCCGAACCUAGCCCCAGACGACCUCUGGCUGCUGGCAGACCGGUCCGAGGAGCUCAGGCUCGGCGAGGCUUCGGUUCGGAUCCGCAUCCGAGCCUGCGCUUCGACGUAUGAUGAUCCUGAGGGGGUGAGGGAGACGGUUCGGCUGGCUCUGGUUCCCAAUGGUGCCGAACCUGUUCCGAAGCGGAUUGCUAGGCUAUUAGCAGCUGCUAGGUUCGCGUUGCUCCGGGCACGGACAGGCUCGGCAAGGAGGGAGUUUGCUUCGGUGUUUGGUUCGGCACUGCUGGAGCCAAUCCAGGGGGACGAAGAUGAGCAAGAGGUGGAGAGAGAGGAGGGAGAGGAGGAGGAUGAGGAGGAGGAAGGAGUGAGGGAGGGGAGGUGGGGAGUUGGAGAGGAGGAGUUGCAAGAGACGAAGUUACUGUGUGCGAAGGUGAUUAUGCGCGUGUCUAUUGAACCGCUGCUGAUGCAUGGCUUGGAGAGUGGGGAGAGCGAGGAGAGCGAGGAGAGCGCGGGGAGUGAUGAGGAGAGAGGGAGUGGGGAUGACGGGAAGGGCAGUGGCCGUGUGAGGGAGAGGGAGAGCGGGGUAGGAGAGAGGUGUGGGAGGAUCCAAGAAGAGGCAGAGGAGGAGGGGGAGAAUGAAGAGGGGAGGGCAAAUGGGAGAGGAGAAGAAGGCAGAGGAGGGGAAGGAAGAGGGGGGGACGGCAGCAGGUCGUUAAGUGCCAAGGCACGGCACCGGCUGUCAGUGGUCGUCCCAGAAGGACCCGGGAAAGCCGGGGAAAGCGAUGAAAUCGUCAAGGUCGGCAGCGGGAUGGGGGCUCGCAGCGGGGCGAGUGCAGCAGAGCGGGCAGAGGAGGAGCGGAGGGAGAGAAAGGCGGAGAGGAGGAGGGAGAGGGCUGCUAGGAAGGAGGAGGCGGUGGCGAGGUGGGCGAGGGAGGUGGAGUAUCCAGAGGUGGAGGUGGGUUGGGCGCAGUGGAAGGCGAUUGGCAGCCUGCUGGAGGAGGAGAGGCGCGAGCACCGUGCGCUGGUGCCCAUGUGGGGGAAGGCUGUCAGAGGAAGCUUCAAGGCCAUUCUGCAGGACGCUACCCCGCCAGACCCCUUCCUGCUCGAGCUCUUCGACUGGGGUCUCGAGGGACUCCUCAUCUCCUUUGCCUCGGCCGCUGACCCACGCCAACACCUCCACCGCCACCGCCGCUCCUCCUCUUCUUCCUCCUCCGCCUCCUCUUCCCCCUCUUCCACCUUCAAAUCCCAAGGCCAGUCUCAGUCCGGAUCCCACUCCCGCUCCUCCUCCUCCUCCGCCCUCUCCCCUGCACAAUCCCCCUCGCAAUCCCAUCCUGCUACUGCCUCUUCCGCUGAGUCUCAGCUAAGUGCCGCUAAAACCACCCAAUCUACCCCCUCCACUGCCAAGAAACCUCCGCUUUCCUCCUCCCCUGCCUCCGCCUCCUCCCCGUCCUCCUCCUCCUCCCCGCGCACCCCCUCUCACAAACCUGCAAUCCCCCCGCCCCGCCUCUUCCCCCAAGCCUCUGCCGCAGCAUCUCGCGCUCGCAUGCUCAUCGGCUGUAGCGCGUGGAUCGACCAGGUUGUAGCGGUGGUCUGCCCGAAAGAAAAAGAAGUAGCAGAGCUGUUAAUGGCUGUAGCGACAAGGAUGGCCGCGCGGGUGUUCUAUAGAUGGCCCAGGCACACGGAUAACGUGAGGUUUAUUGCGAGGUUGCUGCUGUAUGUGCAUCGGCAGGGGAUUGGAGGAAUGGGGGAGGAGCUGAGGGAGAGGGCGGUGAAGAUCAGUCGGCAGCUGUGGGGGUGGAGCCUGCCGAGCUUCGCUUCGAUUCGCAUGCAGUGCGAGACGGAUGAGGAGGCACAUGAGAUCAUGCUGAGUGCCAUCGUUGCCACGUGGAAGGGUUUCGCCACAUAG